UGAACUUCUUCCCUUUUCCUCCGCUUCUCUCUCUCCCUUUACUUAUUACAGAAACUCUGGUUAAGUGAAGAAGCUACUUAGUAUAGACAGCCAUGAUUUCAACUUUUCCACCCAUGUUUCCUUCCUCCGACUCAAUCCUAGGAAACCCAUUUCCGUCCUUCGACGGAGGAUUCACACCGUGGGACUACCUCGACCUUUUGCCGGCCGUCCAAACUCCCGAACCGGUCGAAUUCACCUCCAACUCGGCCGGUUCAGGUGAUACUAUGGCCCAGUCCUCCAAACCCAUCAUGUCCGUUUCUGGGUCCGGUUCGGACGACCCGAACAGUAACCGGUCAAAUUCUAAACGGGAAUGUCCGGACCAGCCGAGUUCUGUGGUGGACGAGCGUAAGCGGAGGCGGAUGAUAUCGAACCGGGAGUCGGCGAGGAGGUCACGGAUGCGUAAACAAAGGCACUUAGAAAAUCUAAGAAACGAAGUGAACCGGCUUAGAGUCGAAAAUCGGGAAUUAACGAACCAGUUACGGUUGUUUUCGUGCCAUUUUCAGUGCGUGCGAACCGAAAACGGUCAGCUCCAGUCCGAACACGCGGCGCUCCGACAGAAGUUGUACGACAUAAAUCAAAUUUUGCUUUUUCGGCAACUCCAACAGUUCUCGUUACCUACAUAUAUAGAACCAUGCAAUAAUGUCAUUUCAGAACAAACUCCAUCGUUAAUCACUUAAUUAUUAAAAUCAACCCUCCUAAAAAAUCAAUUAAAUUAUUAAAAAAAAAACAAGAACUAGAGUCUAUGGUUUUGUAAAUUAACAUCGAUAUUAUUAUUAUUAUUAUUAUUAUUAUUAUCAAAAUAUGUUAACAGACAAUGGUGGUGGGUAGUUUUUGGUUAAUAAUUUUUGUGGUUUAGAAGAAAAAGGGGCUCUCCCGUCCAAAACCGGGUGAUUAUUGUUGUGUAAAAAACAAUUGGUCUUCUAUAUAUAUAAUUUAGCUAUAGUUAGUAGCGUUCUUGUUUGAUCUUUAAAGCUC